AUGGUCUUCACGUCUUACGCUAGCCCUACUCAUUGACAUUUAUUAUCAUUAUGUGUGUUUAUAUAAACCCUAGAGCUAAAAAAACAUACACAGCAUAACUCUAAACCCCGUUCUUUAUCAUCAUUACUUGAGAGAUGUAUAUGUCUUCAUUGUCCCCUAGGCUCCACAAAGCAUACAAAUCUAGAUGUGUUAGCUUACCGGUUCGGUCUCAUCCGAGUGUUGGGAGGAUUCAAGAAGUGGUCACCAAGGUUAGAGCUCUGGGGUCGUCUUCGCUAGAGUCGAGGACCAUGGUCCGUGACGGUCUCUCUGGUCUCACCGAACUUUAUAGAUGCUUAAGCGAAGAUCUCUUCAAGUCUUCAUCUGAAACUCAACAAGCUCUUUUAAACAGUGGCUUGAUGGAUAAGCUUCUUGAAGUGUCCCUGAAGUACUUAGAGGUUUGUGGGGGAGCUAAAGACAGCGCGUCGAGGAUCAAAAAGAGUGUUGUUGAGCUUCAGUCCGCUUUGAGACGGAGCAAGAAGGGUGGUGAGUUUAGCCUCGAGAAUGACAUGGAUGCUUACAUGGCGUCACGUAAAGAGAACAAGAAGGAGAUCAAGAAGUAUAUGGUGAUGUCGAAAGAGACAGACGCGUGUUUGGAGAGUAGCGUUUGGCGUGGUGGUGAUGAUCAAGAGAUGAGUUCUUUGGUUAGAGUGAUGCAAGAAACAAGCGUGGUCACUUGUUUCGUCUUGCGCACGGUUUUGUCGUUCUUGUCGUCGCCAAAAGGGUUGAAGAGUAAGAGUCAGCAUCAACACAAAGGUUGGGGCAUUGUUAUGAAGCUUGUGAAGAAAGGAAUAGAUCAUCACAAUCAUGAGAAAGGCUUCUCUUGUCUCGAGCUUGAGGCUAUGGAAACUGAAAUAGAAAAGCUCGUUACAAGAGAAGAUCAGGAAGAGGAGAAAGAGAUUAGCGAGGAAAUAAGUGAAAGGAUUCAGUGUUCAUUGGUUAGAUCCAAAGAAGUAGAGGCAGCCAUGGAAGAGCUUGAAGAGGGACUCGAAGGAUUGUUCAAAGUGAUGAUACAAGCUAGGGUCUCUCUUCUGAACAUCCUAUCCACUUAAAUCAAAAUGAGACCAGAUACGAGUUUAUUGCUCUGAAUCAAGAUGGAUCGUUUGGUUUUAAAGUCUUGAUUUGUCUUUGUUUUUCAUUUGUGUGUUUAGAUGUAAUACAUGCAUCCAUGUAUUAGAGGAUGUGUGUUUGUUGUAAGUUUGAAACUCAUCCAGGUUUGAACAGCUAUUGUAAAGUUUUAUGUACUUAUAAAUUAACACAAUAAUAGCACAAGGUUCUCUCCAAAGUAUGACACAUCAGAUUUUUAGGGCUUUGAGAAGAGGACAUGUCAAUAAAUGAAAAAAACUUAACUAUCCAAUCAAAACAUUUAGUUUAUACACAUCACAUUUUAGAAUACACGUAAUGAGUCUCCCUCUACGGGGGAUAGAAAACGCUUGUGAGCUGCUUGCACGCGCCAGAACAUUUUCUCUCUAGAUCUCAUUUCGCCUUCUUCGUCUCCGGUCUCGGCGUCUCAUGCCGGUCCGUGAGAAGGCUCUCCGCUCCCAUUAUAGUUAUCGGAACCGUACGCAUCUGUUCAUCUCCUAGAUCUGGAUUGUUCCUGUUGCGGCGGACCACAACGUGAACCCUGGCUCUGGUGGCUCGUCGACUCAACGGCAGGCCCUCUUCGCUUGAGGACGGUGCAGAGGCUAGCUAGAGGUCGCAAGUCAGUUCAUCGGGGCUAGGGUUUUGCUCCAGCGGUUGUGAGGGUUACGGCGACGGCUGUACUGCUGGAGGAUAGCGGUUUCUUCAGUAGUCUAGCCCAUUGAAGCUCGAAUCUGCUCUUGACAGGCUGAUUUUCUGGAUGUGCGUUGAAUCUAGGCCAUGCGUGACGACGACGCGUCAUCGGAGAUGGCGUCUUGGCGAGUCUGGCGACGUGGCCUCGGGACACCUCCGGGAGCUACUCCACCUCUCAAGCUUCAUCGUGAAUAAAUCGAUUAGCUGGUUUUGGACACGCAAGUUUUUUUUUUUUUGAACAUAAUUUCAUAUUUAAAUUGCAGAAGAAAAGAAAAUUAUACAAGCAUUGCAGCUAGUGUUUUGUGGCCCAACCAGCCUAGUUAUCAGCCCAAAGUAGUUUAAGUAACUUAAACCAAAUCAAAGAUCCUAAUUUCCCUAAUAGCCCAAGUUAGGGAGACCCAAACAAAAAGAAGUUGCCAUCGAAGGUUAGUGUCGAUGUUUCCGAUGGUUUCGUAGAAGAUGUUGAAGGGUCAUGAAAGCCAUUGUUGCAUCAUCCUUGAAGAGAGACGAGGACUCCUAUCACGAUAGCUCAAAAUUUUGUCCCUUAUUUGUCGAUCAAUCAGCCUAGUCAACUGAUCCACGGUUCUGAAAGUAUUACGAUGAAGACGACUGUUCCUUUCCUGCCAAGUCCAAGAGAUGCAACUUUGCCAGGCCGCAUCGAUGAGCAAGAGGGUACCACAGACUCCACGAAUAAGGGCAAAGAAAGUAGAGAUGAUCACGCGACUCUGGGGACGAAUUACAGAGCAAGAAAGUUGGUGGGUUAGAAGUCCCCAGCUCAGUAAUCUGUCUCUUGUAGGACAGCGAUUCAAUAGGAAAAGCCAACAGAGGAAGGAGUGCUUCGGAAUUCCACCAACAAUCCAAACAAUAUGAGCCCAAGGAACUGUAGCUCCAUGACCAGAUAAGAUUUCAUAAACUUGACCAGUAGAGAAAGUGGUGCGAAUAUUACCUUCUCUUCGGGGUUGUCUGAUGCAGAUCGUGAUCUUAACUUCUGGAUUUUGAUGCUUUGGUUACUAAAUAUGCUCUUCAGUCUGAGGGGCAUAACAACGCCGGCUUUGAGAAGUUCCGGUGAUAUCGGAUAUGGUGGAUAGCUUGUGUCCGCCGGAGAUGGAAGUCAAGUACUUCAAGUCUUCUUUCCCACACUCGUAUUUUCCCUCUGUAGUUUUUGUAUUGAUUCUCCAUUAGGAUUUAGCUAAGUUUCCUCCAUGGUUUUAGGUUUUCAUUGUUUCUCCGACGUUAGUCGGGGUUGUAACCACCGAU